AUGUCGGAAUGGAGCCAGCCGCCCGAUGCUCAGCUGGAAAGGUACGAACCGGUGGCUGCUCCUAGAGUCCCUAAUCGAUCUGGCGUCCCAGUCUUUGGCUCCUCGUCGGCUAGUUUUCUCGCAAAGAUCAAGAGUUCCACGGAAGAGGGCGAGCUCAACAGCCUCUUCUCCCUACGCCGCCUCGUUGACGAGCAGAUACCACGUCGAUUACCGGCUAUGGGCGGCGUCGUUGGCGAGGAGCCCAUUUAUGUCGACAUGGGUCCCUCCGGAGGAGCAGCGGUUGGCCAUGAUGUGCCGAGCGCUGGCAGCACCGACGACGGCGUCGGCCGCUGCUUCUCCGCAGCGCCGGAUCACAUGGACACGGCGCCGGUGGGCGCGACAGGCAUGAUGCAAUUGGGUGCGUGGAGCGCACGCGCUCCCCCGAGCAUCAACCUGACGCACUGCGCGAGCGAUGCAGGGUGCUAUGGGUUUGCGAUGCAACAGGACGGAUACGAGGGCAACGCCAUGCAGGUGACGCAGGACUAUACGACGUAUCGGUGGGGGGUGGAGGCCCUGGAAGAGAAAAGGAACGAUCUAUUAGACCUCUCAUGGAAGAAUAAUGGCCUAUACGUCUAUGCAUUCUCCCGCGACAUAGCUAGGCGCUGCCCGUAA